AUGACUACAAUAACAGCAACUCCCAUGCUCCCCCAUGAGGUUGAGAUUCACCUCGCAUAUGAGCAACUGAAAACCCACGCAUGGGAUAACUUUCACUACCGUCUAACACAAACAGACAUAGAAGAACUCAUAUUUUCUGAUAUGUGGGGUUCAUUAGAACAAUUUAUAGAAUACAUGGGGCAAGAGGGCGUGAACGUAGGCACGCCCAUCGAAGGCACAGCGAACUAUAAGCCCCCUCCCACGACACAACUGUAUACAAACGAGGAAUUAGCAGCUAUGGACGCAUUAAUUCUUCCCCUAGACUAUGCUAUAUCUCCUAGAAGUAUAGACGAGCAAAUAGAGGCUUUCGAAAGGCACAAUCCCUUAGAAGACCCAGACGACGAAGACAUUGACGCUGAGAGUGUUUUUACAGACUAUUCUGGUGACACUCUUCCACCAUAUGAUGGUAUUAAGCUCCCACCCUACCAGGCCAACCUUAUUGAGCACAUUUAUAUAUGCAAUGAGGCUUCGUCCAAUCUACCGAAGAACUCUGGCAGCUCCUGCACCACAGACUCUGAUCCUGAGGUCCAGAGGAGGAAGAACCCCUUCGCAAAGAUCCGCCCCCGUAUAUCGUCCAAAGCUAAACGGCUUAGGGAGAAACUACGCUUCCGUAAGGAUGGAAUAUCUACUAUGGAAGAACCAACCAGGACGGUGUUGGAAAAUUUCCCAGGAGAACGAAUACUCGAGUCUCGGAAACUUGCUGAAAAGCUCAGCCACCUUUCGCCUCAGCGGGCACUGAGGCGAGUCAGAGAUUUCAUUACCUUCCGCAGUUCACGCUUCGGUUAACUUCUCCUAGUAUAUAUUUCCCCUCUUCUUACUUUUCCCCUUUUAUACCUUCAGCUAUAUCUAUAUAUAUCAAAGGUACAUCUGAGUAGAUUUCCAUUCUUCGCUUUAUUCUCUUCUCGAUUCUCCACUACUUCAUUCUACGUAUAGUAGUAUCUGUUCACAAGCAUAUGGCUUUAUUCACGCUGGUGGGCGGCGUGCCGUAAUCGGUGAGCUUUCAUGCUCACACAAAAGCUUUUUCAAGAAUAAUUCAUGACGCAUAUAGCGUUCAAAAUCGUCUACGGAAUUAUAUAAUUUCUCACAUGUUGCCCGGCAAGUUCAACGUGAACCCGCCGUCGAGAAUGGUGACCGUGCCCCAGAGGAAGUCAUUGGUAACAAGAGUGAGGAUGACCUAUUUCAAGUUAGUACUUAUAGCUACACCUCACUCCACUUUCCAGGUGUCCCUAUAGCUUGCGACUGCUCAGAAGGAUUUGGAGUCUG